UUUUCAUUACAUCUGAUCUAGAAAAAUAAACAAUCAGCACUCCAUUCUGCACAGAGAAGGGGGAAAAUUAUUCAUCAAAAAAUAUAUAUAGAGGGAUGGAAUGAAAUAGAGAGCACUAAUAUAAGUAAUACUAGUAUUUCUUUUUUCCAAAUUGAGGAAGGCUGUUGUCCAAAAAGAAAAAGUAAGGGAAGUCAGUGUACUGAUCUUUAAACACUUGUUUAAAUUGUAGUUUCUUCAUUAUCAACUGAUAAAUUUUGGAAGACAUUUGCAAACAUCUUUUGUAUUUUAUCUUUCACAGAUUUAAUAUUUAAUAAUAUCAAAUUCUCCACGAUGACAUUGCAAUUCAAAUAUUACGUGCUAGGCGCUUCCCAUUGGGACAUGUAGUCCAAGUAGAGUUUGCAGGGCAGCUCUCAUGUUGAAUCAGAAUUGACCCAGUUUCAGUUUCAGAAGGACAAAACGCCGAGUUUAAUAGUGAAAGGAAACUUUCUCCCUCCCGGCGAAUGCGAUCCAUUGAGAAAAUGAAGAGCAGAGGUAGAUUUGGAUGGUGGAGCCUCAGAUUGCCUUCCGUAUUUCUCUUAUGUCUCUUCUUCUUCCUUCUCGGCUUCUUCGGCUCUGCUCUCUUCUCUCACCAGGAUGUACCUAGUGUGCGGCCAAGACCAAGGUUGCUUGAAUCAGUGGACUUUGAUCCGUUGCCCAUUGGCGAGACUGGAGAGCAUUCCCUAAUUUCCAUUCCCUUUCAGGUUUUAAGCUGGUUCCCACGUGCAUUAUACUUUCCCAAUUUUGCAUCUAUAGAACAAUGCCAAAGCAUAAUUAAGAUGGCAAAGGCAAAUAUGGAACCAUCAUCCUUGGCUCUUCGCACAGGAGAAACAGAAGAGACCACCAAAGGAAUUAGAACAAGUUCUGGCACGUUUAUUAGUGCAUCUGAAGACAAAACUGGAAUCUUGGAUCUAAUUGAAGAGAAAAUUGCAAAGGCGACAAUGAUCCCCAAGACACAUGGAGAGGCAUUUAAUGUUUUGCGGUAUGAAAUUGGCCAGAGAUAUCAGUCACAUUAUGAUGCUUUUGAUACUGCUCAAUAUGGCCCUCAGAGGAGCCAAAGAGCCGCUUCCUUCUUAUUAUAUUUAUCUGAUGUUGAAGAAGGUGGGGAAACUGUGUUCCCAUAUGAGAACGGGCAGAACAUGGAUGCUAACUAUGAUUUUAGCAAGUGUAUUGGUUUGAAAGUGAAGCCACGCAGAGGGGAUGGACUUCUAUUCUACUCACUGUUUCCAAAUGGUACAAUUGAUCUGACCUCACUUCAUGGUAGCUGUCCGGUAAUCAGAGGAGAAAAAUGGGUGGCCACCAAGUGGAUCAGGAAUCAAGAACAGGAAGAUUAAACACCUGGUACAUUGUACUGCUGUUCAUCAGUUAUUUUUUGUAACUUAACAGACUGAAAAAAACAAAGUUAUGGAGUAAAUAGAUUUAAAGAAUGAACAACACGGGGCUUUGUCCAAACAAACUUGGGGCUAUGUCUUUUGGA